AUGGCCCAUCACCUGUUCCAUCCUUACGAUCUGUCCUGCAUGCUGGCUCAGAUGAUGUACUGGAACCAACUGGACAAGGCUUAUUGGACAACCUACGUGCCAGAACGAUACUUCCUCCGCGCGGAGAGCAUACUGGAUCGCUACGCACAGGAUGGCCUCGAACCGGAUCGGUGGCCCGACCAGAUGGACCCCACACAAGAUGACAGUGAGCUGCUCUUGGACGAGAACGAAGAGGACGUUGACAACGAGGAUCGUGAUGGCAACUGGGAACCCAGCGAGGAGGCUCAAGCCAAGAUCGACCGGAUGGAAGCUCGUGAGGCAGCAGCACAGCAGGAUGACACGGAGGUACCGGACGCCAACGCUGCACCGGAUCUCGUUUUGCCGUCGACUCGUCGUCCCAAGCGCAGGGUUAGUUCGGUGUCAUCUCAAUCGGAUUCAGCCACCACUGGAUCUGGCAAGAAACGCAAGAAGUCUCGACCUGGUGAUGAACGCAAGAAGUCUCCACUCGCUCGCAAGGAGAUGAAAGAUCUUACUCCUGAAGAGCUGACUGUGAUCGAGGAACCGGGUCGAGGCAUCACUUCGUGGCGCCACAAGGGCAUCCUGACCACUUUUGCACCCAGUACGACUUACGCCGUCUACCAGUCCGCAGGUUUCCCUGACUACGCACCGAGCCACAACGGCGGGACGGGGCCACUCAAGGAUCGCUUCAAUGUGGACGAGUACCGGGCGAUCAUGGAGACCCGACCGGGCGAGCGGAUGUACAAGCGUCGUGUCAUCAACCUCCUCUUCCACAAGCGUUACGCCUUGGGAGUGAAGGUCCACGUCGUGCUGACCAAAAUCGUGAAGUUCAUGAAGGACAACGCGCUGGUCAUCUGGUACGCGGGACACUGGGUGACGUAUCCGGAGGACUCGUCGUAUGGGGUGAAGGAGAAAAAGAAACGCAAGGGUCUGCAUGAUCCUGCCAUCAAGAAAUACGCCGAGUUGAUCACCGAACUUCUGAAAGCAGGAGCCCCGAAGACGAUUCUGUACGAGCCAGGCAUCUGGGUGUAUCCUGCGAAGGUCUGUCCCUGGAUCCUGUUUGACAAGUCCGAGAAGAAACCGGAUGGGAAGCCGUACACGAUGGCCGAGCAGCUCGAAAUCCUGGAUCGCGAAGAACCGGCUCACAUCCAGUGGACAGGGGGGACCCUCGAUAGGAUCAUCGCGGAUCGUCCGGCGCACAUCCGGAAAAUGCUUCUGUCUCCCGAUGAGCGUGCCAACAACUGGGUCUGCGCUGAUCACCGUAGCUAG